CCCCGUUCAUCGCCGAUGACCGCGGGCACCUCCUGCCGCAUGUGCGCCGCUCCCAGGUGUCACCGUGGGGCACCUUCCUGGGCACGUGGGAGAUGCCCCGGAGCCUCCCCCCGGCCUGGCUGGACCUCACCUCCCGCUCACCUGGAGCCGCCGCCCGCGCCACCCAAAACCGGCCCCGAGCCCUGAGCCGGGCGUGCAACGGGAUCAGCACCCACAUCACCGGCAAGCUCCAGGAACCCUGGGACACGGAACCUUCUGGAAAGGAACCCCCCAGCAGGGGCUCCCCCUGCCCUGAACCCCCAAACCCCGGGGGGGACCUUGAGGGGGGACCCCAAAAUCCCCCCCAAUCCGAGCCCCCCCCCAGCUCCUGAGCCCCUGGAGGUGGCUUUGGUGUCA